CGUAAUCGACUGGGUAUCUCAAGUACCCGCGACCUAGCAGGUACUAAUGUCUUGGUAGACAGGGACCCCGUUCCCCUUGCUUUUGAGCGCCCGCCCUACAUAGCGACCGAGGGGAGCUCCACUCUGGACCUUCUGCAACUCUCCACUCCCGCAGCCGCAAAGAACAAACUGUCCUCUACGACCGGCCCCCGUCCCGUCGUCAUUAAAUACAUACCCGUCCUUCUUCAACCUUUCAACCCCAUUCCCUCAUUGUAUACCAGCCGUUUGGGUGAUCACGGCUUUUUUUUUUUAAUCCCAUUUAAAAAUCAUCAUGCGGUCCUUCGCCCCUCUCAUUGUGAGCCUGCUGGGCGCUGCUGCGGCCGUGUCGGCUGCAGAGCCCGCAGCCGAUGCUGCUACGGACGGCAAUGUCCUCGCGCUGACCGGCGAGACCUUCAACGACUUCGUCAAGGAGCACCCGCUGGUCCUGGCCGAGUUCUACGCGCCCUGGUGCGGUCACUGCAAAUCUCUGGCCCCCAAGUACGAGGAGGCUGCUACUGAGCUGAAGAGCAAGAACAUUCCCCUCGUCAAGGUGGACUGCACGACUGAGGAGGAGCUGUGCCGGACCUACGAGGUCGAUGGUUACCCGACCCUGAAGGUCUUUCGUGGCCCCGACUCGCACAAGCCUUACGGCGGUGCCCGUCAGGCUGACUCGAUCAUCUCUUACAUGACCAAGCAGUCGAUGCCCGCGGUCUCCAUCCUGACCGAGGAGACCCUGGGGGAUUUCAAGACCAUGGACAGCAUCGUCAUCGUCGGCUACAUCGGUACCGAUGACAAGACUGCCAACAAGAGCUUCACCGCGUUCGCCGAGUCCCAGCGCGACAACUACCUCUUCGGUGCCUCCAACGACGCCGCUCUCGCCAAGACCGAGGGUGCUAAGCAGCCUUCGAUCGUUCUCUACAAGGACUUUGAUGAGAAGAAGGCCGUUUACGAUGGCAAGCUCGAUGAGGAGGCCAUCCUGAAGUGGGUCAAGGUCGCCAGCACUCCUCUCGUUGGUGAGCUGGGCCCCGAGACCUACUCCAAGUACAUGGCUGCCGGUAUUCCUCUCGGCUACAUUUUCGCCGAAACCGCCGAGGAGCGUGAGCAGUUCGCCGAGGAGUUCCGCCCCAUCGCGGAGAAGCACCGUGGUGAGAUCAACAUUGUUACUCUGGACGCCAAGGCGUUCGGUGCUCACGCUGGCAACCUGAACCUGGAGCCCGAGAAGUUCCCCGCCUUCGCCAUCCAGGAGACCGACAAGAACGCCAAGUACCCCUAUGACCAGUCCAAGAAGCUCGAUGCCAAGGAGGUUGGCAAGUUCAUCAAGAACGUUCUGGACGGCAAGGUGGACCCCAGCAUCAAGUCCGAGCCCAUCCCCGAGGAGCAGGAGGGUUCCGUGACCGUUGUCGUUGGCAAGAACUACCAGGAGGUCGUCAUUGACAACGACAAGGAUGUCCUGCUUGAGUUCUACGCCCCCUGGUGUGGACACUGCAAGGCUCUGGCUCCCAAGUACGAGGAGCUCGCUGCCCUGUAUGCCGACGUUGCCGAGUUCAAGGACAAGGUUGUCGUCGCCAAGAUUGACGCUACCGCCAACGAUGUCCCCGACUCCAUCACUGGCUUCCCUACCAUCAAGCUGUUCCCCGCCGGCAAGAAGAACGAGCCCGUCGAAUACGCCGGUUCCCGUACCGUCGAGGACCUGGUUGAGUUCAUCAAGCAGAACGGCAAGUACGAGAUUGACGGUCUUGCUGGUGGCAAGAAGGCCACCGAGGGCGGCGAUGUCACUGCCGUUCCCUCAGCCUCCUCUACCGAGGCUGCCGAGACUCCCGCCGCCUCUGACAAGAAGGAGGAGGUUCACGAUGAGCUGUAAAUGCGAUCUCGUGUGGAAAUGAACUUGAUUCUUUGCUAUAGUUAUUGUAUCAUCACAAUCUGAAAUGGAAAACCCCCUCGUGAUGUCCCGUUGAUCAAUCCAGUUUUGUAAACGUUGGCUCUUUG